AUGGCCGAUAAAAGGCAGGCAACGUAUGAUUUGGUUGGAAACUUUAUAAAGGCUAAGUACUCAAACUUCAAGAUUGUAUACACGGCUGCCGAUAUUAUUAGAGAUAUAAAGAAAGAAUAUGGAGUCGAACUAAGCUACCAAACAGCAUGGAGAUCAAAAGAGAGGGGAUUAGAGCUCACGAGAGGACAUCCGGCUGAUUCAUACCAAUUACUGCCUUCUUAUCUACACGCGCUGAAAACAACAAAUAUCGAGUCUGUUGUGGACGGUACGUUCCUCAAAGCAGCUUAUGGAGGAACUCUUCUAACGGCAGCGACUCAAGCUGCAGCAAAUAAAAUUUUUCCUCUUGCAUUUUGUGUGGUAGAUUCUGAAAAUGAUGCUUCGUGGGAGUGUAUUAACAAAGCAAUUGAAAAGGUAUUCCCGGAAGCACAUCAUGGGAUUUGUACCUACCAUCUUUUCAACAAUUUCAAGGCAAGAUGUAGAAGAGCCAAAUGUGAAAUCAGAGAACAAUUUUUUGGGGCACCCAAAGCUUACACGCUUGAGCAGUUUCAAAAACACAUGGCGGAACUUGACAAAUUUGACCCCAAGAUAAGGGAGUACCUCAGCGAUGUUGGUUUCGAAAAAUGGACAACAGUCCAUUCCACCAGUAAUAGGUAUUCAACAAUGACUUCAGACAUUGCAGAAUCUUUAAAUGCAACAAACAUAGCUGCAAGAGAACUGCCAAUAACGACGAUGCUAGAAUUUCUACGUUCGCUUGCAUGCAAAUAA